AUGAAGCACAACCCGUUCGUUUCGUCAGACUCGGGUAAGGCGCGCAAGCGUCACUUCAACGCCCCAUCGCACAUUCGCCGGAAGUUGAUGUCGGCGCCCCUAACAAAAGAGCUGCGCACCAAGCACGGAAUCCGCGCCAUCCCAAUCAGGACCGAUGACGAGGUCACCGUGACGCGAGGACAUUACAAGGGAAACAAUGGCCGCGUCAUGAGGGUGUACCGCAAGAAGUUCGUGGUGCACAUCGACAAGAUUACACGAGAGAAGGCGAACGGCACCCAGGUCCACAUCGGAAUCCACCCGUCGAAGGUCGCCAUCACCAAGCUGAAGUUGGACAAGGAUCGCAAGAACUUGAUCGAGAGGAAAGCCGAAGGAAGAGCUCGCGUCACCGGAAUCCUCAAGGGCAAGCACUCUGACGACUCCGUUGAACAA